AUCAGUAGAGCAAGCUCGAGUCGAAAUCUCGCGAAGCUACAGAGUAGUCUCGUAGUGAGAUAGAUUGCCGUUCUGUCAAAAGAUUCUGGCGGCCUCCUCGAUGGUGGCUAGGAAAACAAGCGAAGUGGCUCCGCGAUAGGGUGUGAUGGCCCCUUACUACAAGAGGAUACUAGUAAUACUGUUUACUUUUCAAGGACUUCUUAUAACAAGUGCUUUUAAUGAGGAUGGGGAUGUACCUGAAGAAUGGAUUCUCCUGCAUGUAGUUCAAGGUCAGAUUGGUGCUGGAAAUUACAGCUACUUGAGACUAAAUCAUGAAGGGAAAAUAGUGCUUCAGAUGCAGAGUUUAAAAGGUGAUGCAGACUUGUAUAUAUCUGAUGUAACUCUUCAUCCCAGUUUUGACGAUUAUGAAUUACAGUCUGUAACUUGUGGUCAAGAUGUGGUUUAUGUGCCAGCACACUUUCGUCGCCCAGUGGGAAUUGGAAUUUAUGGUCAUCCCUCUCAUUUGGAAAGUGAAUUUGAAAUGAAAGUGUACUAUGAUCAAACAGUUGUAGAAUCUCCAUUUGGUGGUGGCUCAUACAAUCCAGAAGAAGUGAAAAUGAACCAGAAGAAAUUUCAUUCAACAGAAGAUGAGUAUCAAGAUGAGGAAUCUGUCUUUUGGACUAUAUUGAUUGGAAUACUAAAAUUAAUACUUGAAAUUCUCUUUUAGUUUUAUAGCUUUGGGUGUGAGCAAUCUGUACAAAUGAUUGAAUGCUGUUUUAAGCUGUGGAUCGGAAAAUAAAGCCAUAAUUAUUUUUAUAAUGUAAACUUUUCCCAGUGCUAUAUUGUAGCAGGCACAGUAUUUGUAUGGUUUUCUCUUAACUGAUCAGGGUGAAUACUAAUGGAUGCUACAAUUCACUGUGAUUUUCAAUAAAACUUCAAAAUUGUAGAAA